AUCCAAAGACGUAUGGACGGAACGAUGAACUUUUUUAGGAACUGGACGGAUUAUCGGAUGGGGUUUGGCAACGAAAGGGGAGAAUUCUGGAUCGGCAAUGAUAGGCUUUACGAAUUAACGUCCAAAAACAAGUACAAAUUACUCGUGGUUCUGGAAGAUUUUGAAAGUGUUGUACGCUGUGCGUUGUACAGCACUUUCAGCGUUGGUCCCCCGGAGUCCAAUUACAAACUGACUGUUGGAGGCUACUCAGGAGAUGCAGGCGACUCCUUGAGCCAGCAUGACAGCGGCCAGUUCAGCACCUACGAUGCAGAUCACGACACGAACAACGAGAAUUGUGCGGCGUACUUCAAGGGGGGCUGGUGGUACAUGAACUGCCACCAUUCCAAUCUUAAUGGUCUUUACUUGCGAGGCAACCUGGAAAGCAUCGGCGUCGGAGUCAGCUGGUCCACAUUCCAGGGCAACCAAUAUUCUCUUAAAUUCACUGAAAUGAAAAUGGCCGUCGUGUGA